CUUUUUCCAGCUCCUCCAUUCGCGGGGCCAGAGUGCCAGAAGGAGGCGGGACUAGCAGGAGGCUGAGACCUAUGCCCAGCAGGGUACAACGUUCCACUGUGUACUUGGUCGGAUGAUUCAGCAGAAGUGAUCCUUGUCCCCAGGAUUAGCAAGCCCUGAGAGCAACUCCUUUCCUCCAGUUGUGAUUACAGGAUUCUGCUGUGAUUUAUCCAGGCCCUUCCAUGCAAACUUUAUUUAUGGUCUGCAUUAUGUCUGGAGCCGGCAGUCAGCUUGCUCUUUUCCUCUUCGGCUGCUACGUGGUUGCCCUGGGAGUCCACACCGAGGAACCACGCGUGGCCCAGCACUCUGAGGCUGAACACUACGUGGCUGCUGUGUACGAGCACCAGUCAAUCUUCACUCCCAGCCCUCUAGCACUCGUGGGCCGCAAGCAGGCCUUGGACCUAAUGAACCAGAACCUCGACAUCUAUGAACAGCAAGUAAUGACCGCAGCCCAAAAGGGUGUACAGAUUAUAGUGUUUCCAGAAGAUGGCAUUCAUGGAUUCAACUUUACAAGAACAUCUGUUUACCCAUUUUUGGAUUUCAUGCCGUCUCCCCAGUUGGUCAGGUGGAAUCCUUGCCUGGAGCCCCACCGAUUCAAUGACACAGAGGUCCUCCAGCGCCUGAGUUGCAUGGCCAUCAAGGGCAAUAUGUUCCUGGUGGCCAAUCUUGGGACCAAGCAGCCUUGCCAUAACAAUGACCUGGGGUGCCCACAUGAUGGAAGAUACCAGUUUAACACAAAUGUCGUGUUCAGCAACAACGGAACCCUUGUUGACCGCUAUCGCAAACACAACCUCUACUUUGAGGCAGCUUUUGAUACCCCUCUCAAAGUGGAUCACAUCAUCUUUGAUACCCCUUUUGCUGGCAAAUUUGGCAUCUUCACCUGCUUUGAUAUAUUGUUUUUUGACCCUGCCAUUAGACUCCUCAGAGACUCUGAGGUGAAGCACGUCGUAUAUCCUACUGCCUGGAUGAACCAGCUCCCACUCUUGGCAGCCAUUCAGAUUCAGAGAGCUUUUGCCAUUGCCUUUGGUAUCAACCUGCUGGCUGCCAACAUCCACCACCCAUCUCUGGGGAUGACCGGAAGUGGCAUACACAGCCCUCGGAAGUCCUUUUGGCACCAUGACAUGGAAAACGCCACUGGUCAUCUUAUAAUUGCACAGGUAGCCAGAAAUCCACUGGGUCUCAUUGGUCCAGAGAAUGCCACAGGUAAAACGAACCCAUCUCGUAGUAAGUUUUUAGAAAUCUUGGCAGGUGAUCCAUACUGUGAAAAGGAUGCUCAGGAAGUCCAUUGUGAUGGAGCCACCAAGUGGAACAUGAACACUCCUCCUCUGUUUCAUUCGGAGAUGAUGUAUGACAAUUUCACCCUGGUCCCUGUGUGGGGAAAGGAAGGCUACCUCCGCGUCUGUGCAAACGGCCUCUGCUGUUACUUGCUUUACCAGCGGCCCACUUUGUCCAAAGAGCUGUAUGCCCUGGGGGUCUUUGACGGUCUUCACACUGUGCACGGCACUUACUAUGUUCAAGUUUGUGCCCUGGUCAAGUGUGGGGGUCUUGGCUUUAACACCUGUGGGCAGGAGAUCACAGAGGCCACAGGGAUAUUUGACUUCCACCUAUGGGGGAACUUCAGUACUUCCUAUAUCUUUCCUCUGCUUCUUACCUCAGGGAUGUCCCUGGAAACCCCUGAUCAGCUUGGCUGGGAGAAUGACUACUCCUUCCUGAGCAAGAGCGGACUGUCCUCUGGCCUAGUGACGGCAGCUCUCUACGGGCGGCUGUAUGAGAGGGACUAGGGCAGCGUGGGGUGGGCAGCCCUGCACUUGCCCAGACCACAGCUCACAAGCACUGGGACCACCUCUCUGCCCCACAGCCCGUUGUGGGAGCUGUGGGAUGAGGUAGGAGAGGCACCUUCCCCCAUUGUCUUUUCCUCUUUGACGUGGAUUAUCGAGUCUUUUCUGGUAUUCCCUGCUCCCGUUUCUCUUUUUCAAGCCGUAUCUUCCUCCAGCAAACCUCUCAUUAUACAAUUGGUUUUAAGAGCUAAAAUAAAAAUGCCAGUUUAUAUUUUACACAUCCACAAAA